UCAAGACCAGUGUUCUGCUCUCUCUCUCUCUCUCUCUCUCUCUCUCCGUGUGUUUGUCUUCAUCUCUCUCACAGUCACACACUCGGAGAGUGCUAGCUGCAAUGGCACCCAUGAGUCUUCCUCCUGGAUUUAGAUUCCACCCAACAGAUGAAGAGCUUGUUGCUUACUAUCUGGAUCGAAAAAUCAAUGGUCGGACCAUUGAGCUAGAAAUUAUCCCAGAGGUCGACCUCUACAAAUGUGAGCCAUGGGAUCUGCCUGAUAAGUCGUUUCUUCCGAGCAAAGACAUGGAGUGGUACUUCUAUAGCCCGAGGGAUAGGAAGUACCCCAACGGGUCGAGAACGAAUAGGGCCACUCGAGCUGGGUACUGGAAAGCCACUGGAAAAGACAGGGCGGUGAGUAGUCAGAGGCGUGCUGUCGGCAUGAAGAAGACAUUGGUGUACUAUAGAGGUAGAGCCCCUCAUGGUAUUAGAACCAACUGGGUUAUGCAUGAGUACCGGCUGGUCGAUUCUGUGUGUGCCAAUGCGUCAUCAUCUCUAAAGGAUUCUUACGCAUUGUGCCGAGUGUUCAAGAAAACAAUACAAAUGCCCAAGAAUAACAAAGAAGAAAAGCCAAUUGGGAUUAACAAUGCAGACAAGGAUUCAAUCUGGGUCUCCAAUGAACAAUUGUUUGGGGAAGAAAAUAGUGGCAUUAAUGAGGGAGCUUCAAGAGGGAUUGAAACUGAUCAAGAUGAGAAUUAUUCCACCCAUGGUUAUCCCAAAUUUCCAUCUGACACCUCUUCUUCAGAUCUCACUCAAGGCACACCUACUGAAAAUGGCAUAGCUGAUGAUUUACAAGCUACAUUUGCUUCUGAUGAAGCGAACAGUUCUGCUGAUCUAUACUCUUUUGGUGUCCACUGCUCCUCAGAUCUAGUUCAGGAAACGUAUAUACCACACAAUACGAGCGUAUUGAAUAGCUAUCAAUUUCCUUACCCACCCUUACAACUUGAAGACUUCCCGCAGAUCAAUUUAGCUGCAGAGACAAAAACAGCAAAGCCCGAAAUCAUCGACGAGUACAUGUUGUACGACAAGUUCAAGGAUUGCAUGAAUGGAACGUUUGAAGAGAUCUUCUCUUUAUGUUCCUCUCAAGACAACUCUGUGGCCCUCUCCAUGCAAGACUAAGUACUAUACAUACUAA